AACACGUAGUCAAACUGGAUUUGAGCUACAUGUGCUCGGAAGAAAUAUAAGCGAGGGAAGUACAACUACGGCAGAGUGCAAAGGAAACAACAUAAUAAAGAAGGGCUGUCGUAAGAACGAUACUACUGUAUAAAUCUAGCUGUCCCCAAAGUAAACUACGGAACAUUGAAGACAGUCCACAGUAUUGCUUGCUGAAUAUACGUAUCUAGUCUGCGAUACUUUAUAGGCGUAGCUCACAAAUGGUAUAACGGGCUGGGACACAGUUUCACUUGAGGAAUUAUUCACUGAAUAUUAUGUCAUCGAGCAGUAUUACCAUGGGAGUCCCAAAGUGGGAGCAAGGAGCUCGGUUUGGACUUUGCGUAUUUGGCUUGGUGCUUUCAGUGUAUGCCUUGCAUGUUGAGAUUUCACGAGAGAGGGACCCAGAGUACCGUGCGAUGUGCGACCUUGCACAGUCGGUUAGUUGCUCCAAAGUCUUCACGUCAAGGUGGGGACGUGGAUUUGGGCUGGUACAAUUCUUUGUGCCAAAAGACAGUGCACUCAAUCAGCCCAACAGUGUGCUGGGCAUCAUCUUCUACACACUGCAGUUAGCACUGGGCCAGUCCGUGUCCAGCAGGGCAGCGCUAUUCCUGGUCCUCUCCUCCUGGGUGUCAGUGGCUGGCUCUCUGUAUCUAGCAGGAGUGCUGGUGCUUGUUUUGGGUGACCUCUGUCUGGUGUGCGUCUCAACGUACAUUAUCAACUUUGCCCUACUAUAUACCAAUUUGAAGAGAAGGGCUGGGCUGGAAAGGGGCAAAGAGAAGACUGGCUGAUAGUUGCAGAGGGUCUGUGUGUGUGUGUGUGUG